AUGGGAUCAGGAAAACCAAGUGGAUUAAGGGCCGCAAGAAAAUUAAGAAUCAGAAGAAGAACACAACGAUGGGCUGAUAAGAGCUAUAAAAAAUCUCAUCUUGGAACGAGAUGGAAGUCUAACCCAUUCAGGGGAAGUUCUCAUGCGAAGGGUAUAGUUGUUGAAAAAGUUGCCAUUGAAGCAAAGCAGCCUAAUUCCGCAUACAGAAAAUGUGUUCGUGUGCAGUUAAUAAAAAAUGGAAAAAAAAUAACAGCAUUUGUUCCAGGAGAUGGUUGCUUAAACUUUAUAGACGAAAAUGAUGAAGUAUUAGUGUCAGGUUUUGGUAGAAGUGGACAUUCAGUUGGUGAUUUGCCAGGGGUUAAAUUUAAAGUUGUCAAAGUGGCCAGGGUUUCCUUAUUAGCAUUAUUUAAGGAAAAAAAGGAAAAACCAAGAUCGUAA